AAUACAAUCUCCAAAGCUCCCAUUUUCCUCCCCAUCCAUGCUCCAAAAUCACCAAUACUCUACCAUGUCCUAAACAACAUGAUGGACGGAGUAGAACCCAUAGACACAGGAAUCCUCUCCCACCACUCCAACCUCCCUCUCCAAUUCCUCCAAAAGAAGGAAUCAAAAGAACUCCCCAUCUCCUCCUCCUCCGCUAACCACCACCACUCCAUCUCCACCAACCCCAAACCCUCACCCAAACGCAGCUCCACAAAAGACCGCCACACCAAGGUCGACGGCCGUGGCCGCCGCAUCCGCAUGCCCGCCCUCUGCGCCGCCCGUGUCUUCCAACUCACCCAUGAACUCGGCCUUAAAUCCGACGGCGAAACCAUCAAAUGGCUCCUCCAACAAGCCGAACCCGCUAUCAUCGCUUCCACCGGCACCGGCACCAUCCCUGCCAACUUCAACUCCCUUAACAUCUCCCUUUGUAAUUCCGACUCAUCCAUCUCCGCCGGCCCAUCGCACCACUUCCACUCCUCCGUCGCUCCACCACCCGUUCGCCCCCAUCCCAAUUGGGAUGUCGAGCGGUGGGACAACGAGCUCAUUGCAACAACGGCUCAUUUGUUCGCCUCCGGCGAACCGGUGUGGACAUCAUCUUCGACGGCAACGAUGUUUCGAGAGUUCAUGAACAUUCCCAUGGCAACUCCCAUGACUUCGCCGCUAGGUGGCGGGGGUGGCGGUGGAGUAGGGCAUUCGGGUCUUAUGGCGGCACUUAACUCGUUUAGACCGGUGGAGGCCGGAAGUCAAGAUGAACGGGAGAGGAAUGAUCAUAGCAUGACUACAACUGAGUCUUAG